AUGGAAAAAGCAUUGUCUAGUAAGUCUACUGCUCCUCAGACAAGAUGUUAUGGCGGCAGCAAAUCAUUUAGCUCUUCUGGUGAAAGACGAGGCUCCUCAUCUUCUGGUACAGAGAACAAAAGUUCGGGUCCUUCCAGCUCUUCAAACCAGACAGCCAAAGCUGAGCCGAUACAGAGAAGCAAAGCUAGAUCUGAGAGACACCAGAGAACAUCUGACCGUGCGGCAGAGGCUCUUGCAGAGAAGAAACUCCGUGAUCUCAAAGCCCAGAAAGAGCAGACUGAGAGAAAUAAACUUGCGGAUACUCUUGACGCUGAUGUCAAACGGUGGUCAAGUGGAAAGGAAAAAAACUUGCGGGCUUUGCUCUCAACACUCCAAUACAUCCUUGGAGCAGAGAGUGGAUGGAAACCAAUUCCUCUCACUGAUCUUGUCUCAAGUGCUUCUGUGAGAAAAGCUUACCGAAAGGCAACGCUUUACGUCCAUCCCGACAAGCUUCAACAGCGUGGCGCAUCCACACAACAGAAGUACAUUUGCGAGAAAGUUUUCGAUCUUCUCAAGGAAGCAUGGAACAAAUUUGGCGCAGAGAACGAUAAGUAA